UUGGUUUGCGGAAGUAGAAAGAGAGCGGCGGAAGUUUCUCGUAGAAAAACAACGUUUAGUGACUUUUUUACGGUCUCUUGUGUGAGUGAAGCAGCGGGAGGACAUGAACUGGGACCAGCUGGAGCUCCACCCGAGGAUCAUAGCAGCCGUGAGGAGAGCUGGACUGAGGUCCCUCCCUGACGUGUUGAGUGUCUCCGGUCCAGACCUCCAGAGACUCACCAGUCUGUCCGGCUCAGACGUCCAGCAGCUGCUCACUGCCGCCGCCACUGCCUGCAGACGCCAUCCUCCAAUCACAGCCCUCGAGCUCCAUCGCAGGUCCGAGUCCGGCCUCAGACUCGGUGUGGGAUGUCCCGUCCUGGACCAGCUGUUGAGGGGGGGGCUACCUGUAGGGGUUAUCACGGAGCUGUCUGGAGAGAGCGGAGCAGGAAAGACCCAGCUAGCUCUACAGAUCUGUCUGUCUGUGCAGUACCCAAAACAGUACGGAGGGCUGGACUCAGGAGCAGUGUACAUCUGCACUGAGGACUCGUUUCCUAUCAGACGUCUGCAGCAGCUGAUCAGGAAUCAGUCGUUCCUGCGCUCCGACGUCCCUCCGCCACUGAUCAGCAGCCUCCAGUUCAGUGACCACGUCUACGUAGAACACGCUGCUGACCUGGACUCCCUGCAGGUUUGUCUCUCUCGCCGAGUCCCCCUGCUGCUUGCUCGGGGUCUGGUCCGGCUCCUGGUGGUGGACUCAUUGGCGGCUCUCUUCAGGUCUGAGUUCCAGGCUGCUGAUUGGCUGGAGAGGACGAAACAGCUCAUCACUUUCUCCUCCACACUGCGUCACCUGAGCCUGGAGUUCACCACACCUGUCCUCUGUAUCAACCAGGUGACGGAUGUUUUCAGCUCAGACGACAGUUUGAGCCAAUCUUCCUCCAGCAUGUCACCAGCUCUCGGGUUGGUUUGGGCCAAUCAGGUGAUGGUUCGGCUAAUGAUGCGCCGUCUCCAGGCAGCGGUUACCCACGGCGACCAGAGCAGCGCCCUCCGCAGGCUGGAGGUGGUACUCGCUCCUCAUUUAGCACAAGGUGGGCGGGACUUAGCUGUUUGGAGGGAGGGGGUCAGAGGGGUGAUGAGCUCAUAAUGAGCUCAAGAUAGGUUUCUAUUUUAGUAAGUGAUCAAUGUAAAUAAGUUUGCAAAGAUUUGUUUUACUGUUGUCAAUAUUGAGUUCAUAACUGCUUUUGUUAUUUUCCAGUGGAUGUUGUUUGUUUUUUG